AUGGCCCUCUCCCGCGUCAUCCUCGUCACAGGAGCGUCCUCUGGUAUCGGUCGCGCGACUGCCAUCACUCUCUCCAAGUCGUUCCCUUCCCCAACGCACCCAGAGCCUCUCGUCCUCGCGCUCGUCGGACGCCGCAAGGAGGAGCUCGAGGAAACCGCCAAGCUCUGCCGCGAGGGUACCACUGCCGAGGUCCUCCAGGGCGACGUCAGUGUCGACGCCGACGUGGAGCGCAUCUUCAAGACGGUAAAGGACAAGUAUGGCCGCUUGGACUUGCUCUUCAACAACGCGGGCGUCAACCUCCUCAAGGGCAACCCCCUUGAGGACCAGGACAUGUCGCUGUUCCGCAAGAUGAUUGACAUCAACGUCAUUGGCGCAGUCUUGUGCACCCGCGAAGCCAUCAAGAUCAUGAAGGACCAGUCUCCCCAAGGCGGCAGGAUCAUCAACAACGGCUCCAUCUCGGCGUGGUCGCCGCGUCCCAACUCGGCGGCCUACACAGUUUCCAAGCACGCCAUCCUGGGUCUGACGAGGAGCACGUCCCUUGACGGACGCAAGUUUGGUAUCAUGGCCACUGAGCUGGACAUUGGAAACGCGUCCACGGUCCUCGCUUCCCAGCAGACGACUGGUACCCCGCAAGCGGACGGCAGCAUCAAGAUUGAGCCAAUGAUGAACGUCGACAACGUGGGCAAGAGCGUUGCGUUCAUCGCGGGACUGGACAAGGAUGCCGACGUGCUGCAGUUUACCAUCACUGCCCCAGGCAUGCCGUUCGUGGGACGUGGUUAA